CAUAGGUUUACUUGUACAAAUCACUGCUUGAAAAACUUCCAGUACAAAGUUAUCUAAAGACUUUACAAUGCCUCCACGACCAUCAUCUGGUGAACUAUGGGGCAUCCACUUGAUGCCACCGAGGAUCCUUGUGGAGUGUCUUCUCCCAAAUGGAAUGAUAGUGACUCUAGAAUGCCUCCGUGAGGCCACCUUACUGACUAUUAAACAUGAACUCUUCAAAGAAGCAAGAAAAUACCCUCUCUAUCAGCUCCUUCAGGAUGAAUCUUCUUACAUUUUUGUAAGUGUUACGCAAGAAGCAGAGAGAGAAGAGUUUUUUGAUGAAACACGGAGACUUUGUGACCUGCGACUAUUUCAGCCUUUUCUAAAAGUCAUUGAACCAGUAGGUAACAGAGAAGAAAAGAUUCUUAAUAGAGAAAUAGGUUUUGCUAUUGGCAUGCCUGUCUGUGAAUUUGACAUGGUUAAGGAUCCAGAAGUACAAGACUUCAGAAGAAAUAUUCUUAAUGUUUGUAAAGAAGCAGUGGAUCUUCGAGAUGCCAAUGCACCACAUAGUAGAGCAUUAUAUGUCUGUCCUCCAAAUGUAGAGUCUUCACCUGAGCUACCCAAACACAUAUACAAUAAGCUAGAUAAAGGGCAAAUUAUAGUGGUGAUAUGGGUAAUAGUCUCACCAAACAAUGAUAAGCAGAAAUAUACCUUAAAAAUCAAUCACGACUGUGUGCCUGAACAAGUUAUUGCUGAAGCAAUUAGGAAGAAAACACGAAGUAUGUUGCUGUCAUCUGAACAACUGAAACUUUGUGUCUUGGAGUACCAGGGCAAAUAUAUUUUAAAAGUGUGUGGCUGUGAUGAAUACUUGCUAGAAAAAUAUCCACUGAGCCAGUAUAAGUAUAUAAGAAGCUGUAUAAUGCUUGGUCGCAUGCCCAAUCUGAUGCUGAUGGCUAAGGAAAGCCUGUACACCCAGCUGCCACUGGACACCUUUACGAUGCCGUCUUAUUCCAGGCGUAUCUCUACAGCUACACCCUACAUGAAUGGAGAAGCUACAGCCAAAUCCCUCUGGACUAUAAAUAGUGCUCUCAGAAUAAGAAUCCUCUGUGCAACUUAUGUAAAUGUGAACAUUAGAGACAUUGACAAGAUCUAUGUUAGAACAGGUAUCUACCAUGGAGGAGAACCUUUGUGUGACAAUGUGAAUACUCAAAGGGUACCUUGUUCUAAUCCCAGAUGGAAUGAAUGGCUAUUGUAUGACAUGUACAUUCCUGAUCUUCCACGUGCUGCUCGGCUCUGCCUUUCUAUCUGUUCUGUUAAAGGCCGGAAGGGUGCUAAAGAGGAGCAUUGUCCGUUGGCUUGGGGAAAUAUAAACAUGUUUGAUUACACAGACACUCUUGUAUCUGGGAAAAUGGCUUUGAAUCUUUGGGCAGUACCUCAUGGGCUGGAGGAUUUGUUGAAUCCUAUCGGUGUUACUGGAUCGAAUCCAAAUAAGGAAACUCCAUGUUUAGAGCUGGAAUUUGAUUGGUUUAGCAAUCCUGUAAAGUUUCCAGAUAUGACUGUGAUCGAAGAGCAUGCCAAUUGGACGAUAUCACGUGAACUGGGGUUUAACUACAGCUAUGCGGGGCUGAGCAAUAGAAUAGCUAGAGAUAAUGAAUUAAGAGAAAGUGACAAGGAGCAGCUGCGAGCCAUAUGUACACGAGAUCCUUUGUCUGAAAUCACUGAGCAGGAGAAGGACUUCCUCUGGAGCCACAGACACUAUUGUGUGAAUACUCCAGAAAUUCUGCCCAAAUUACUUUUGUCCGUUAAAUGGAAUUCUAGAGAUGAAGUGGCCCAGAUGUACUGUUUGGUAAAAGAUUGGCCUCCAAUCAAGCCAGAACAAGCAAUGGAGCUUUUGGACUGUAAUUAUCCAGAUCCAAUGGUGCGAGCUUUUGCAGUUCGGUGUCUAGAGAAGUACCUGACAGAUGACAAACUGUCUCAGUACUUAAUCCAGCUAGUACAGGUUCUGAAAUAUGAACAGUAUUUAGAUAAUCAGCUUGUGAGAUUUUUACUCAAGAAGGCACUGACUAAUCAAAGGAUAGGACACUUCUUCUUUUGGCAUUUAAAGUCUGAAAUGCACAAUAAAACUGUAAGUCAGAGGUUUGGUUUACUUCUGGAGUCCUAUUGUCGAGCGUGUGGAAUGUAUCUAAAGCAUCUCAGCAGGCAGGUGGAGGCUAUGGAGAAGUUGAUUAACCUCACAGAUAUUCUCAAGCAGGAAAAAAAAGAUGAGACCCAGAAGGUACAGAUGAAGUUUCUUGUUGAACAAAUGAGACGGCCAGAUUUUAUGGAUGCUUUACAAGGUUUUAUCUCUCCUCUUAAUCCUGCCCAUCAACUGGGAAAUCUUCGGCUUGAGGAGUGCAGGAUAAUGUCAUCUGCAAAAAGGCCCCUUUGGUUGAACUGGGAAAACCCAGAUAUUAUGUCUGAGUUGUUAUUUCAGAACAAUGAGAUAAUCUUUAAAAAUGGAGAUGACUUGCGACAGGACAUGCUGACACUUCAGAUAAUCAGAAUUAUGGAAAACAUCUGGCAAAAUCAGGGUCUUGAUCUUCGGAUGUUGCCUUAUGGUUGUUUGUCUAUUGGUGACUGUGUGGGACUCAUCGAGGUAGUCAGGAGCUCUCAUACAAUCAUGCAGAUUCAGUGCAAAGGAGGCUUAAAAGGAGCGUUGCAGUUUAACAGCCAUACAUUGCAUCAGUGGCUCAAGGACAAGAACAAAGGAGAAAUGUAUGAUGCGGCUAUUGACUUGUUUACACGUUCUUGUGCUGGCUACUGUGUUGCUACCUUUAUACUGGGCAUUGGUGAUCGCCACAAUAGUAACAUCAUGGUAAAAGAUGAUGGACAACUGUUUCACAUUGACUUUGGGCACUUCCUCGAUCACAAGAAGAAAAAAUUUGGUUAUAAAAGAGAGCGUGUGCCAUUUGUCUUAACACAAGACUUUUUAAUAGUGAUUAGUAAAGGAGCCCAAGAAUGUACCAAAACAAGGGAAUUUGAGAGGUUUCAGGAGAUGUGUUAUAAGGCUUAUCUAGCAAUUCGGCAGCAUGCCAAUCUCUUCAUAAAUCUUUUCUCCAUGAUGCUUGGCUCAGGAAUGCCAGAACUGCAGUCCUUUGACGAUAUUGCAUACAUUCGCAAGACCCUUGCAUUGGACAAAACAGAACAGGAAGCUCUUGAGUAUUUCAUGAAGCAAAUGAAUGAUGCUCACCAUGGUGGCUGGACAACAAAAAUGGACUGGAUCUUCCACACAAUAAAACAGCAUGCUUUGAACUGAAAUGAAAGCGAAGAAAACAAGAACUGAUAGCCCGCUUUGUGGGUACUGCACUGUUCAUACCCGUUAGCAGCAAAGACUGGUUGCAUAGGAAUUGCACAAACAACAAAAAACGUUAGAAUUUAUGGCGAGAAAGGAGACGAACUGUUCAGACAACUGUCAAAAAAUAAUGUAAAACAGGGUUUCAGAUAGCACUGAAGUUGUACACUUCAAAAAAUUAAGCUUUAGUAUGAUAUGUGGUUUCAUGUUAUGCCUUAAGCCCAAAAAGGUAAACUUGGAAGAAUGUUUCCUUUUUUCAUUUGAUAGGAUAAAUUAGAAGGAAAAAGAAGAUAGUGCUAGCAUGAACAUAGAGUCCAUCAGAUAUUACCUUAGAUCUGGUACAGCCGGUGGAGACUAUGCUGGAUUGAGAAGAGUAGAAAGAGAGUUCAAGUGAUAGCGAAUAUUUAAAUGCAGCAUAGUUUGAAGGGAAGGAGUUUUAAACUCAAAGAUCUAAAAACAAUUGAGAGGACAGUGCCUUUUAAAUGUGCUCAGAGGCAUUAACAUUUAUGGGAUUUAGAUGACCCUUUGGUUUCUGGGUCCGUCAUCUGCACAGUUUCUGAAAGCAGCAGGAAAUAGGCCCAUUCAGUAUGGUGUUUCUUCUGCUCAGUAUUUCUAGGGGUGCAAUUCAUACCUUCACAAAGAAACUCCCUAUCAUCCCCAAAAACUGACU